CUAGAAGACGCACUGGAUGCUGUGCGACUCCGUUCCGAGGUCCACACGCUACAGCAGCAACUGCUCGCCAGCGUGGAGAAGGUAGAGGCAGUGUCUGACGAGCAGUUCGCUCAGGACUUCCGCGCGCUCGCCUCCUCGAUCAAGUCCCUUAGCCGAAGCAUGAAAAUGUCUUCCGAUACUAUCAUUCCAGAGGAAGCCAGUUCAUCUCUCCUGGUCUCCGGGGUUGACAUGGGGUAUUGGGCGGCCCGGUCUCAUAAGAAGUACAUGAUCGAGGCGUUUGUGUGGUCUGUUCUUAUCGUCUGCGUCUUCAACUCUCCAUUCAGGUUGUUUGGCCGGGAUUACAGCACCAUCUGCGACAUGUUCACAUUCAUGUUCGGCAUCCAGCAUGAUGGCCAAUGGCCGACUCCAUCCGAAGAGGCGGAGCGAUGGAAGUACACAACCGUUGAGCAACUUACAGAGAUGGUGGACCGGGACGUCAUCACGCGCGGCGCUGUCACACACGCGCACCAGGGUCUCGAAAACAGCAUCAUGAGUGCACGGCUGGUGACUCGCAAUGCCAUUGAAGGUAAUCUCGCACGCCUCUCGCCAGGAAAGGAUUUCUCGCAUGUCGAAGGCAUCGUGAAUAAGGCAUUCGGACUUGCGCUGCAGAUGGCGCUCCAGCGCUCGCGUCUACAGAUCGUCUACCCAGAGAUCGGAGACGUGUAUGCCCUUGGAGAGACACCGGCUUUGACGAUCAUUCACGAGAGCGAAGGGGUGGAGAAGGGGCGUGUGGCAUUCAUUGUGAACCCGGGACUGGCCAAAUGGGGCGAUGCUCAUGGCAGGCAUCUGGAGCAGCGUCUUGAUCUCGUUCCUCCUUUGGUG